AUGGAAGGUACAGCGCGACGCGGUCAAAUAAGGGCAAUAGUAACACGAUUUCAAAAUUUCAUAAGAUCACCCGAAUGUAAUCUAAAACAAAUACCUCUGCGACAGGUCAAAUUAGAAGAAGCUUGGCAAAGUUUUAAAUUAGUCCAAACAACGAUGGAAGAAUUAGAAAUAAGCAACAAUACAAAUACAGAUCAUUCGCAAUAUAGGAUCGAUUUCGAAAAUUUAUUUUUUGAGACAGUUGCUGAGGCUGAACAAAAACUUAGCUCCACUAGGUCGAACCAGAAUGACACCACUGUCCGAAGUUCCGAUCGUGGAGAGAGCAUUAAUUCGACAUCAUCGAUUAUAAAAUUGGCAGCGUUAAAUAUACCGGUGUUUAAUGGUAGUUAUAAUGAUUGGGUAUCAUUCAAAGACAUUUUUAAGGCAUUGAUUCAUACAAAUAGUAAUUUAACAUCAAUUCAAAAAUUGUUCUAUUUACGGUCUUCUAUAACCGGCGAAGCGGCAAAUUGCAUAAAAAAUUUUGAAACAACGGCCAUAAAUCACGAGCACGCUUGGAAGACAUUGACCACGCGUUACCAAAAUGAAAAAUUAUUAAUUCAAUGUCAUGUCAAAGAUAUAUGCGAAUUAAACGCAAUUGAAACAAAUUCGUCGGAUAGUUUACGCCUGUUCUCAGACACACUACGUAGUCAUAUUUCGGCCCUUGAAGCAUUAAAGCAGCGACCAAGCGAAUAG